AUGGCUCGAAACGCAGAGAAAGCCAUGACGGCUCUGGCUCGCUUCCGUCAGGCUCAGCUCGACGAGGGGAAAAUGAAGGAGAGACGUCCGUAUUUGGCUUCAGAAUGUGACGAGCUACCCAAGGCCGAGAAGUGGAGACGACAGAUCAUUAGUGAAGUGUCAAAGAAAGUAGCUCAGAUCCAGAACGCUGGUCUGGGAGAGUUCAGGAUUCGAGAUUUAAACGAUGAAAUCAAUAAACUUCUACGAGAAAAACGUCAUUGGGAAAUCCGAAUCAUUGAACUGGGAGGACCGAACUAUAGGAGGUUCGGGCCCCGAAUGUUGGAUCAUGAGGGGAGGGAGGUUCCUGGAAACAGAGGAUACAAAUACUUUGGAGCCGCACGAGACCUGCCAGGGGUCCGGGAGCUGUUCGAGAAGGACCCGGCCCCGGAGCAGAGGAAAACUCGUGCGGAGCUCAUGAAGGACGUGGACGCAGAAUAUUACGGAUACAGAGAUGAAGACGACGGAGUUCUACUGCCCCUAGAGGCCAAACACGAGAAGCACAUAAUCCUGGAGGCGGUGGAAAAGUGGAGAUCUGAAAAAGACGUGAGCAGAACUGAAGAAGAAGAGGAUAUUUACAAAGUCACAGAUCAUAAGGAGGAUGAUGAUGAUGAUGAUGAGGGAGUCGAUGGAGAUGAAGAAGGAGCAAUUUUCACAGCUCACGUCCCAGUGCCAUCACAGAGAGAGGUUGAGGAGGCUCUGAUCCGAAGGAAGAAGAUGGAACUCCUCCAAAGAUACGCUAGUGAGACCCUGCAGCACCAGAGCCAGGAGGCCCGGAGACUGCUGGGACUAUAG